AUGAAGUUCAACUCCGUUGUUGCUUACGCAACCUUGGCCGCUAGCCUUGGCUACUCCCUUCCCACUGAGAAGAGGAACGUUGCGACUUCUGGAGAUAUAUCCACCAGCGAUGGUCUCCCGGCGAAGCGCUACGUGGCUUCCCACAACGUCUUGCCCCUGAUCAAGCGCAAUGUCGCCACGAGCGAGGCCGAGAAGCGCAAUGUUGCUACUAGCGAUGUUGAGGCCCGGAACGUUGCUACAUCCGAUAAGCGCAAUGUUGCUACCUCUGACAAGAGGAAUGUAGCCACCUCUGAUGUUGAGGCUCGAAACGUUGCCACAUCUGACAAGCGCAAUGUUGCUACCAGCGACGUCGAGGCCCGGAACGUCGCUACCUCUGACAAGAGGAAUGUCGCUACUAGCGAUGUCGAGGCUCGAAAUGUUGCCACAUCCGACAAGCGCAAUGUUGCUACCAGCGAUGUCGAGGCUCGCAAUGUGGCUACCUCGGACAAGAGGAACGUUGCCACAUCCGACAAGCGCAAUGUUGCUACCAGCGAUGUCGAGGCUCGCAAUGUGGCUACCUCGGACAAGAGGAACGUUGCCACAUCCGACAAGCGCAAUGUUGCUACCAGCGAUGUCGAGGCUCGCAAUGUAGCUACCUCGGACAAGAGGAACGUCGCUACCUCAGACAAGAGGAACGUUGCCACCUCAGACAAGAGGAAUGUGGCUACCAGCGAUGUAGAGGCCCGCAAUGUUGCGACUAGCGAUGUUGAGGCCCGUAAUGUUGCGACCAGCGACGUCGAGGCCAGAAACGUGGCUACCAGCGAUGUUGAGAC